AUGAUCGGAGGAUUGUUCAUCUACAACCACAAGGGGGAGGUCCUCAUUUCUCGGGUCUACCGAGAUGACAUAGGGCGCAACGCAGUGGACGCGUUCCGCGUGAACGUGAUCCAUGCGCGGCAGCAGGUCCGCUCGCCGGUGACCAACAUCGCCCGUACCAGCUUCUUCCACGUGAAGCGCUCCAACAUCUGGCUAGCGGCCGUCACCAAGCAAAAUGUCAACGCCGCCAUGGUCUUUGAGUUCCUGUACAAGAUGUGCGACGUCAUGACGGCCUACUUUGGCAAAAUCAGCGAGGAGAACAUCAAGAACAACUUUGUGCUUAUCUACGAGCUGCUCGACGAGAUUUUGGACUUUGGUUACCCUCAGAACUCAGAAACCGGGGCUUUGAAGACCUUCAUCACUCAGCAGGGCAUUAAGGGACAGCACCAGACAAAAGAGGAGCAGUCUCAAAUCACCAGCCAGGUGACGGGGCAAAUCGGCUGGCGUCGCGAGGGCAUCAAGUAUCGCCGCAAUGAACUCUUCCUGGACGUGUUGGAGAGCGUCAACCUGCUGAUGUCACCGCAAGGUCAGGUCCUGAGUGCCCACGUGUCCGGCCGAGUGGUGAUGAAAAGCUACCUGAGCGGCAUGCCCGAGUGCAAAUUCGGCAUGAACGACAAGAUCGUCAUCGACAAGCAGGGCAAAGGAGGUGCAUCUGACGAUGCCGGGAAAAGUGAUUUAGGGGGAGGAAGCGGGAAGCAGUCCAUCGCCAUCGACGACUGCACCUUCCACCAGUGCGUGCGCCUCAGCAAGUUCGACUCGGAGCGCAGCAUCAGCUUCAUCCCUCCGGAUGGAGAGUACGAGCUCAUGAGGUAUCGCACCACUAAGGACAUCAUCCUGCCAUUCCGCGUCAUCCCUCUGGUCCGCGAGGUUGGCCGCACUAAGCUGGAGGUGAAGGUGGUCAUCAAGUCUAACUUCAAGCCCUCACUUUUGGCCCAGAAGAUUGAGGUGCGCAUCCCGACGCCGCUCAACACCAGCGGUGUGCAGGUGAUUUGCAUGAAGGGAAAGGCCAAGUACAAGGCCAGCGAGAACGCCAUCGUGUGGAAGAUCAAACGCAUGGCCGGAAUGAAAGAGUCUCAAAUCAGUGCCGAGAUCGAGCUGUUGCCGACCAAUGACAAGAAGAAGUGGGCUCGACCCCCCAUCUCCAUGAACUUUGAGGUGCCGUUCGCCCCGUCCGGCCUGAAGGUGCGCUACCUGAAGGUGUUCGAGUCCAAGCUGAACUACAGUGACCACGACGUGAUCAAAUGGGUUCGUUACAUCGGCCGCUCGGGCAUCUACGAGACGCGCUGCUGA